ACUGUUGGCUCUGAGCUCGGUGUCUCUGUUUACCAGACCCUGGCUCACUUUGUUCGCUCCGAGACUCAAAGUGCGCAAAGAGGAGGAACAUGUGCGACGUGCAGCUGCUGCGGGUGUCGGUACAUGAGCGGAUCAGCGCUGCCGCUGAAGACUUUCUGCUGCAGCUGGAGAAAGGAGGAGAAACGGCUCAAGUCCCGGCGCUGAGAGCGAUGCUCACCGAGCGGCUAACGGCGGCGGCGGAGGAGAUCGACGCAGGGAUUGAGGAAACCGUGGCGGUGUACGAAGACAGAAUGGAGCGGUCAGAGCGGGAGAUCUACCGCAAGAGGAGGCUGCUCGAUGCCGUGAUGAAGCCCGAACUCCGGCUGCACAGAGUUGUGUGUCCUGCAGACAUACAGCAGCUGAUGGUGAAUAAAGAAGAGGUUCCCCCUGAGCAGCAGCAGUGGAGCCCCAUUGUGGACCAGGAAGACCCAGAGUCCCCCCACAUUAAAGAGGAACAGGAGGAACCGUGGACCAAUCAGGAGGGAGAGCAGCUUCAACAACUUGAGCAGGCUGAUAUCAAGUUCACAUUGACUGCUGUCACUGUGAAGAGUGAAGAAGAUGAAGAGAAUCCUCAGUUGGCACAGCUUCAUCGGAAUCAGACGGAGGAGAACAGAGCGGACUGUGGAGAACAAGAACCAGCCAGGAACUCAGGUCCUGAUGGACAUUUACAACAAGGUACUGAGGAAAAGACUGUAGACAGUGAAGAUGAUUGGAUGCAGACCAGGGAACCUCAGUCUGGUUUAAAUACAAAAAAUAACAAACAGUCUCUAAGUGAUAUGAAAUAUAAAACUGGUAAGAAAGCAUUUAGUUGCUCUGAGUGUGGUAAAACAUUUAGACAAAAGGGGGAUCUAACUAUACAUAUGAGGAUUCAUACAGGAGAGAAACCAUUUAGUUGCUCCGAGUGUGGUAAAAGAUUUAGCCAAAAGAGCCAUCUAACUAUACAUAUGAGGAUUCAUACAGGAGAGAAACCAUUUAGUUGCUCUGAGUGUGGUAAAAGAUUUAGCCGAAACUGCAGUCUAACUAAACAUAUGAGUAUUCAUACAGGAGAUAAACCAUUUAGUUGCUCUGAGUGUGGUAAAAGAUUUAGCCGAAAGUGCAGUCUAACUGAACAUAUGAGUAUUCAUACAGGAGAUAAACCAUUUAGUUGCUCUGAGUGUGGUAAAAGAUUUAGACUAAAGUGCGAUCUAACUGAACAUAUGAGGAUUCAUACAGGAGAGAAACCAUUUACUUGCUCCAAGUGUGGUAAAAGAUUUAGCCAAAAGAGCAAUCUAACUGAACAUAUGAGGAUUCAUACAGGAGAGAAACCAUUUAGUUGCUCUGAGUGUGGUAAAAGAUUUAGCCGAAAGUGCGAUCUAACUGUACAUAUGAGGAUUCAUACAGGAGAGAAACCGUUUAGUUGCUCCGAGUGUGGUAAAAGUUUUUGCCAAAAGCGCAGUCUAACUAAACAUAUGAGUAUUCAUACAGGAGAGAAUUCGUUUAGUUGCUCCUAGUGUGGUAAAAUAUUUAGACAAAUAGGUAAUCUAACUGCAUAUGAGUAGUCAUACAGGGGAGAAUGAAUUUACUUGCUCUGUGUGGUUAAAGAUUUAAGUUGCAUCGUUUGCAACAAAAUAUUUAUUAGGAUUUGUCAGCAACUAUUCAUAUUAUACAUAUUAAUAGUUUACUGUUGUAAAUAGAGAAUUUAGAAUCCCCCCUUUCUCCUGUUUUUAUCAGUUAAACAAUUUUUAUGUCCCUAGAAAAUAUAACUCAUUGACUAACAUGAAAGAUUUGUGUUGAUAUUCCCAGUUUCUACUGAUUUGAUUUAUGCAUCAUAAAAUAUUCAUAUAUAUAUAUAUAUUAGGGAUGCACCGAUAUGGAAAUUCUUGGCCGAUACCGAUACCGAUAUUUAAAACAACAAUCUAGCCGAUAGCCAAU